UAAACCACACAUUUGUGUUUUAUCAAGGAAAACCCAUUGACGAAAUAAUGUGUAAUCGCUGUCGUUUAUUUUCCUUACAUGUUUGGGCUAAAGCAACAUGAACGGUUGUAAUAGUAUUCCUCCUUUAGUGAUAGCUGGAUUCAUAACUACAGUGUUAUCAUUUGUUCUUCAUUUGGCAGGAUAUGUAACAUCGUAUUGGUUAGCAUGGUUUGGGGAAAACGAAACUCAUAUUGGACUUUGGGAAAGGUGUGAUCAUAUCAAACACAUUUACAAUAAUUGUGUCAAUAUGUCAGCCAUUCGAGAUUAUUCUGGCAUGUUAACAGCUUCUCAAAUCCUGGAAAGUUUAGCUUUAGUUGCUUACGUUGCCGCUGUUGUGUGUGCAACACUACAUUCAUUUGUUGUGAAACAAAGAUCGCUGUUCAUAGUUGGAGCUAUUACAAACUGCAUUGCAGGAAGUAUAGGUUUGAUUGGAUGCAUCAUCUUCUGCACUAUAAGAACCGUUGCUUUAGAUCACCUGCAUUUUUCGUUUGCAUUCUGUGUUGUAGCUGGUAUCGGAGGAAUUGUUUCUGGAGUGCUCUUUAUCCGUGCAUGGAAACCGGGCGACUUAUCUCUUUACGAACAAUUUAGUUUGAAGACACCUUAAACUAUCUGUGAACUGAAAUAAGAAGGGGCAUAUGAUUUAAAUAUAAAUUUAAGAUUAUUUAAGGGGAAACAUUCUACUGUCCGCAGUAUGAUUUGCAUAAAUACUCCAUAAUACAAUAAAUAUAUAUAUUUGAGUUUA